CGACCGGACUCUGCGCUACCACUGCUAAUUAUUAUAUUAGGCACCUGCCUCGUGGAUUACAAACGGAAUCCCGCGCCAGACGGACACAGAUGCGGAGUAUGUCCCCAUUACUUCCAGAAGAUUUGCGCGUUCAACUUCCAGACCAACUCCACCUACAUAUUUGACAACCACUGCAUCAUGGACCUCUACAACUGCAUAGAGGGCACUGAAUUUCAAACAAUAACAUAUGAGCACUGCCUGUACUUUGGUAACUUCGGGUAUGUGCACGGCUUCAAGUAUGAAGACGAAGAUUACGGGGAAGACCAUGUCAUCAUCAAGGGCUCCAAAAAGAACCCCGACUACAGGAAACAGCAACGAUCAUAACAUAAUAAUUCUUUUGUAAAAA